UUGUUACAACUAGAGCCCAUCUCGCGCAGCGGUCAUCUGGCACUGGAGGCCCGCGGAACGUACCCAGUAGAGGUGGUGAGACACAUGAGCUGCUCCUGUGAGUGCACACUGACCACUGCCUCAUGUGGACCAAGGAAGAGACUCAACAGAAAUCAGUGCCGCUGCGAAUGUCGACGCAUGGCCCGGCGAAGACGUUGCCAUGUGCCCAAAGUCUUCAACCCUGAGACCUGCCGCUGUGAAUGUGCCUCGCGACGACGAAACUGCUGUCGGAACAGAAGGACAUGUGCUCUGCGGUUCAACGAGAACUCUUGCCGGUGUGAGCUGGAUACCGGAAGUCGUCCCGCCAGUUCUCCAUUCUUCCCGAGUCCUGCCCCACAGAGCAGCGCGAACAACCAGGCAGGAAGCAGUAACUCAAGCCAGACCGCUAGACCAGUGACAUCACCAACUGCCACGAUGACUCUCUCGACCAUACCGCCAGCUCAGUCGUCGUCCCCAACAGGCCUGUGUAAUUGUCCUGGAUGGUUACAGCCUCGGAUCACUGAGACAGGCCAGUGUACGUGCACACCUUCGGGGGAUACCCGCCGUCGUGGCAGACCCCUCCACGCUCGUCCAAGGAGAGGAAAUUGAUCAUUUAAUAGUACAGGGUCCAUUACAUGUUGUGCAAGCUCCCCACAUUCAUAAAAUGUAAACGAUUUGAACACAAAACAAUUAUAUGAAAUUUGGCACAUCUUAUGCUUUUUUAAAAGUAACCACAGACACUAUCAAAGCACCUUUGCUCUCGCUGUAACGGAACGUCAAAGUAAUGCAGUGACAUUGAUGACUUUGUCCAAAUUUUACAAAUGUUGUUGCGACACUGUAUAAGACGUCCACUUUUCUUAUAGACAAUGGGAGACCAUCUUACUUAGACAUUAAGGACGCUCUUCAUUGUCGCCUCUAUUUAGAAAAAUUCUUAUUCAAAUCUAUGUUUGCAAAAGUGUGCCUUCAUUCUGGAGAAAAGGUGGAAGCCACAGAGAGCCAGAUCAGGUGUAUGGCGUGGAUGCCUAAACAUUUCCCAGGUGUAACGGUCCGAAAGCUUCACCAAUAUUCUAGCAUUGUGGGAGGAAGCAUUGUCUUGGAGGAAGCAUUGUCUUGGCGGAACCAAACUUCAGUCUCCAAAAGACUCUGUUGCUGGUUGUUUUUCUUUCAGAUCUCUAUAACUGGUCUAGACUUUCCUUGUGAACAGUUAUGCCUGUUUGGACUAGCUGUAGCAAAGUUAUUCUUUCGGUAGCGAAGAAAACUAUGUGCAUGACCUUAAGUAAUCUUUGUUUGCGACAUGCUUUCUCUGAUCACCAAAGUCUCUUCAUUUUCCUGUCUCUUUAUCUCAACUUCCCAAGAAUAAACCCAGAGUUCACCUCCAAGUACGAUUUUGUCUAAAAGUCUAAAGAUCCCUUUUGCUGUCUCUGAAAAGCAUGAAACAAAUCAAUCCAAAGAGAAUUCUUCUCUCGCUUCCUAAUAACCCUGAGUGGCCAAAUGCGGCACCCAUUUAGAAAUCGUCUCUGUAUUCAGUUUGUCAGUCAGAAUCCUGAAAACUUAAAAUUGUCAACAGGGAGAUCUAUUAAUCAUAACAACUCGACAAGUUUUCGCCUAUCACCAUCCAAUUUUUUAACAACUUUAAGGAUGCUGGCACCAAUUACAGGCCAUGAAGAAAAAAAGCUGUCUAGACCGUACCUCAUCAUCUCUGACUCCUGCCUCCUCCACAACGGCUCUUAUCCAUGUUCUUACUGUUUGUACAGAAGGGGCGUAUUCUUUUAAGGCAGUCAGAAGGUCUUUGAAUAUUACUAGCCCCGACUUACCCAUAGGAACUGCAAUUGUUAUGAUAACUUGAAAGUCAUAUCUUGAAGGGAAAGAACUAUUCCCAAUGACACUGCGGAUAGGCCCAGAAAAUAUUCCCAGUGAGAAAGUCACUGAGAAAAGACCCAGAAAGUAUUCCCAGUGUCACUGGGAAUAGGCCAGAUUUGCUCUCAGUGUCACUGGGAAUAGGCCAAGAAACUAUUCCCAGUGACACCGAGAACAGGCCCAUUAUUGUUCCCACACUGGGAGUACGCCCAGGUGUUAACCCAUCAGAUUUUGCUCAGACUAGGCUUAUAGCAUGCUCAAAGAAAGGAAUGAUCAUUCUAUGCUUGCUUGUUAUUCAAUCGUAAUUUAGAUGUACGUGUAGAUCUAGAUCUACAUACGGAUUUUAGAGACCACCGUACAGGACAGGUGGAAAUCGUUCCCAAUUCUUCUUUCUUCUAGAUCUAGAUCUUGAUCUAGGCUACAGUCAAGUCUAGGCCCAUAUAAGAGAAGAGAACAAAAAUACUGGACCGAAGUGAGAAGAGAGUCUACAGUACACAUUAGAAUAGAAUCUAGGCCUUGAAUCUUGAUCUAAAUCACCAACAAAACUACCAAGCACUCACCUUUUGUAACUGCUCGUAACAAAAAACAGCAUUGGUCUCCUUUUGAAAAGCUGCCAAUUUCUGUUCAAACUCUUUGAAGGAGGAGAACUUCGCUUCCACUCCCAUCUGCAUCGCAAUUUUGUUUCGAAGUGAAAAUUCAAAGGCAAAGACUUCCAAUUUUUUAAAUGCAAAAGAGUUCCGUUGUCAUUGAGAAUAGUUUCUGUACCUAUCUCCAGUGUCACUGGGAAUAGUCACUUCGAUCUUGAAAAAGAUUCUUUCGUGUUUUAAGACUCUGUUUUACCCAUCUUUAAGCUCUAAUUGGCAUCACAAAACGCUGUGUUGUUCAAUGGCACUUCUGUAUUUUCAAAGCUUUAUGAACAAAUCCUGAAAGAUUUAGAUAUAUGAAUGCCAAAUUUCAUUGUUGUAGCUAUGGCGACACACAUUUUAUGGACAUGGGGAACCUUCUUCAUGUAAUGAAAUGGACCCUGUAACUUCCAAAUGAUAACGAACAAAAAGGCGGCAAAGUAGUUGAAUAACAUUUUUCUUUCAAACUGUUUUGUCAUGAGUAGAAACAUCCGAAAGCAUAAGAAAAUCAAAACAAAAUGUUCCCAGUUAUUUUUCUUGACCUUCAAGAAAAUAAAAUAUUAUUCCCAUGAUUUUUUAAAAACUGAAAUUCGUCAGAAACUACUAAUUGCUCCUGUAUCGUGUUGUCAUCGAGGAGAAUCAGUUCAAGAGUUCGUAUUCAUGUUUGGCCCAUUACCUAGAUUCUAUAUGAUUGCAAUAUCUGACCCUGGCGUCUGAUAAUGAAACAAUUUUCCCGUACUAGUUCCAAAAAUGCCAUCUUAGUCACCAUUCUGAAAUAGAUCGCCCUUAACUUAAAGGAUUAUGCCCAGCGUCCUUGAAGUGAUGUAUCAUAAUAUUAUGUCUUCUGUUUUGUUGCGUUGAUAAACGUUCAAAGGCAUGUGUUAGAAGUGGCGAUUAUGUCACUUGGUUGAUCUUCAGAGAAAAGUGUGUUGUUUAUAGAUCCCCAAGAAAUCGAAAGAGUUGCAACCCAACUUUCAAUUUUGCGAGUAUCAGCGGGAAUAUGUUUGUUCUUGAAAUCAUAUAUCGUUCAAUCUUCAUGAACGAGCCGGGCCUCUUUGCGUGUUUGUCAAUGUAUUUUUUAACUUAGGCAUGACAUCAUUUGGCGGAGAAGAGAGAACAAAGGGUGAAAAUGACCUCAUUUGCGUACACACAGCCUUGCGAUAAGUGGAAAUGUUCCUAGUGUGCGCUGGACCUAAAGUGUUGUUUCAUAGCACAGCAAGUGGGUAUCACGUUGUUGACAUCACUGAAGGGGAAACCUAAAUAAACUGAAAGGCAGGUUAGUUUUAUAUUUGAAAUGAUGCGAGUCUCCAUUAUACCUUAAUGAAAGGCACAUCGAGUACGCUCUCGAGUCACCCCUAACACAUGCCCACACCCUGACAAUCCUAAAACAUUGCUCAUGUCUUUUAGGAGAGUGUGCUGUUGUAUUGUUGUUUUUGUUGUUGUUGUUGUUGUUGUUGUUGUUGUUGUUUUUAUCCCUUCCUAGAGAUGUGUGAUAGACAAACCUCAUUCUUAAACAUAGAGGCGCUUUACACUUAAACAGUCUUACUUGUGUAUUGGUAUGCUCAUUUGACAGCGAUUUUGAUAACGUCCUUUACAAAAGUGGUGUAUGUAUCAUCCUUCUAUAAUGGUGUUUGCAUUUCUACAACCAACAUGUCUUUUAAAUUGUUUCUAUCUAACAGUUGUUCACCCGAAAGGUAUGGUUCGAGAUAGUAUGGUCCAGGCUGUUACCUUGAUUUUGCUUCAGAGUUUUGAAAAUUAGCAUAAAGUUUAGAAAUAUACAGCGUUGUAGAUGUCCAAGGACGUGUAUUUAUCUCCAUCUGGUUGCUUUUGUUCCAAUUACAAAGUCACAUGUAAUGGUACAAAUUUCAACACGAAAUAUUUGUUAUGUCAAUUUUUACAACUUUACGGCUUUACGAUAUCAUCAGUGCUGUUAGCAUUCUCCAAAUAAAACCUUGUUUUUUGGAA